ACGUAAUCAGAGACUCGCUUUAGAUUCCUUGCGAGGAGAAAGGAAAAUAGAAAGUAAGACGUAUAAAACUUUGCGUUCUUUUUUUUUUUUUUUUUAAACACAUAUUUCAUUUUGUACCAGGAUUUGGGGAAUUAGUAUGAUGUGUGGUUUCGGUAAGUGUGCUAUGCAUUACUAGUUUUCGUUUUAAAAACAUAAGAGUGAAAUAAAUGUUUGCUCCUGGUAGAUGACUUUGGGCCGAGAUUUUUUAAGCAGAAAAUUAUAUCCCGAUAAAGUUUUUUAUGUAACAUUUAAACAGCAUGUGAAAAGUUAUGGAUAGACAGAAAGGUCCUCGCCAGCUGAUGAGAAAAGGGCUCACACUGAUUUUUGUGGGACACAUAAACUUCAUUUUUGGGGCUAUAGUCCAUGGCAGUGUGCUGCGUCACGUUUCUAAACCAAAUGACCAGCUCACCACAACCUACUCUGCUGCCAAUAUCAUCUCGGUGGUUUCUGGAUUGCUGAGCAUUACUACAGGGAUUACAGCUAUCCUUGUAUCCAGAAACCUAUCUAAUGGAAAAUUGCAUGUGAGUCUGCUGAUUAUGUCUUGCUUAAAUGCAUUGCUGUCAAUGGCGUGUUGUGUUGGGCUCCUCCUGGCCAUUUCAUUGACUAUCUUGGACAAAGGGAGGAACCUGAUAGUUGGCUGCAAUUCCACGGUGCUGCCUGCUGAUGGCAGAGCCUCCACACACAAUAACUGCCCCUUCGAUACUACACGCAUCUAUGACACCACUCUGGCACUCUGGUUUCCCAGCAUGCUUAUGGCUGCCUUGGAGACAGCCCUAUCUGUGCGCUUCUUCAUUGUGGGUAUGAUCCUCCGUGGAGUUGGGCCCUGUGGCCAGACCUACAUCAGAGAGCGGCUGGAGGAAGAGGAGGCAGCAGCAGCCAGGGAGGGUACAGACAAGGAUCACAUACCUGAGAUCCACCAGCUCCUCCAACCCAGCGGGGCAUCUGUAUAAGGUUUUGCACGCUUGAGCCCAUUGUGAGGAAAUAAGAUGAUAUGAACUGACUGCAUGACACUGAAAAGCAAAAGCCUGUGAAGUUCGAGAUCAUGCCAAUUAACAAAACUUUCGAUAAUGCACUCAAUCUUUUCUGUGUAGUUGACGUGAUGUCAAAAGAUGUAUUUUAAUUGAUGCAUAAGUAGUGUGGUUUUUUUGUUUUUUUUUUUAAAUAUAAAGAGACUUGUGUGAAAGCUCAGCAGUGAGAUUGACACACUGAGAUCUAUGAUGGCUGGCAACCUCUAAGGUUAUUCUUUGAACCCUGUAUUUCCACGUAGUUAUGGGUAAUUGUUAAUCAACAGCAGUAAUUUUACAAUUUGAUAAUCUUUUAUUCAUAGUUAAUGUUUCUAAUUUAAAAAAAAAAAAUAAAAAAUUAAAUCGGAAUUCCUUUUUUUAAACUCAUCUUAAGGGAGGAUUUACAUGUGAAAUCCCCAAACUUUUGUAUUUGUAAUUCUUUACAAUUUUUAUUAAAGAAUAAUAAAUGCUAAAAAAAAUUGUAUGUGUUUAACAAGAUGUAGAAAUAUAAGUUAACAAAAUGUAUAUGAAAGUGAAAUUAAUGAAGUGUGAUUUAAAUAGUUUUUGUUCUGUAUUACUGUUCAUGUGUUAACAGAGAAAUGAGGGGGCACAAGAUUUAUGCCUAUUUUUCAUAAUUUCAGUACAUAAUAAUAAUGUGAGAAAUGUCCUGGGAGGCAGUAUGGACACAAAACACUGGCAAAGCCAUCUGCAUCUUGAAGCGAAUCUGACUGUACUGCAUACAAAGAGAUUGUCUUUGAUGCUAUGCCUUGACUGCACUAUGUGAUAAACCUGGUGGUAAAAUUCAUCAAGGGCCUAAUUAUCUGGAGCAGCAUUCAAACCUAUUUCUUCUUGUCCAAUAAAGCACCAUCUCUGAAAAUGGCUUUUCUAGUGAGGAUUACUUCAGCAGGACAAGUAAAUGGUCAGAGAGUUUCGCCUCCUGGAAUCUCUCACCUUCCUAGACUUUUUCCUUGCCACGUGUCUGAGGAGAGCCAGAAAUGUCAUCUUCUGGAUGUGAAAAGGGCUUACAACAUCACUAGGAACAAGAAGUUUGGACCAUCAUGCCAACUCUGUUUCUUGGUCUCCCAAGAAAAACCAGCUGCAUCUGGAGAAGUGAAUCUGACUGCACUGCACACAGAGACUACAUCUUGGAUGUUAUGCCUGGACUGCACUAUGUGAUCAACCUGGUGGUAAAAUUAAUGUGAUAAAAAUGUGUCUAAGUAUCUCUAUAAGGGGUGAUUGUACUCUGUUUUAGGCACACUGCUACACAGACUACUAAUAUCUCAAACCAUUUAACCUGGCAACUUUAUUUUUUUACAGUGACAAAGCCUUGUACUCAGAACCGUUUGAGGUAUUGAUUUCAUGUUAGCCAUAUUAUAUAAACCCUUCAUGUUAAAUGUGUUUCUAAAAUGGAAAUGUACCUCCUGAUUUUAAUAUAGCUGCCAUUUAAGUCAUGUGACUUUUUUGAAAAACAGCUGCAUAGAAUUCUUAAUGCCUGGUACACAGCUGUCUUUGAUUUUUUUAAAUAACCCUUUCACUACUGCAUGCUUUAAGCCAGUGAUACAGACUGCAAUCUUUGACAUGGGGUCUGUGUAGUUGGAACCCAGUUGUAAAUAUUUAAUUCUUAAUCCCAGAAAACAAAUCUGCCCAGAUGCAGUUUGAUUUUAAUAUUUGUAUUUCCGGUCCUUUUUUUAACAUAAUGACCAGGGCUGGUCUCACAAAAGAAGUCGGCACACAUAACUAAUCUGCUCCCCCCCAGUCUGUUCUAAAGCAGAGUCUCCCUCUGACUUUCAUGCCCUCACUGUAGCACUCGGUUGCCGGUUUGGCACUGUAGAAUCAGAUGGACUCGUAGCAAGACUUGCAAGCCGAUGCAUUUAGAUGAAUAAAAGCUUAGUGUGCUUCCUGAGAUGAUCUUGUGGUGAGGUGUACGGAGUCUGGGCAGCUUCUGCAAAGGACAGAAGCGCUGGCAGAUGGUGGUCUCCCAAACUCUCCCGGAGACAGUGCUACAGGCUGUGCACGGAGGUCCUGACCAAGACCCUGUGCCACCUGCUGGAGCAUUUCUAUGAAGGCAGUGGCGGCAGGAUGUUGAGACCUUCUGCCAUUGUUGCGACGCUUGCACAGGCAAGAAGGGCGCCCCCUAGGGUAUUCCCAUGACCCACUCCAGUAGUCCCCGGUGGGGGCACCGUUGGAGUGUGUUGCAGUGGAUAUAACUGGCCGAUUUUCACAUUUCAAGACAGGCAUCUGGUUUGUCCUCGUGGCCGUGGAUUAAUUCACGAAAUCGCCCGAGGCUUAUGCCGUCCCGGAUCAGAGUGCAACCACAUACACCACGCACUCUUGGAUGGCAUGUUCAGCGAGUUCGAGGUGCCAGAGAAUCUGUUCAAGUGAUCAGGGGUCAAAUUUUGAGUUGCAGGUGUUUUGAUGAGGUGUGUCAGUGGUUGGGAAUCCACCCAGACCACCCCACUUCCCAAGCUGGCCAGCCACUGGGAGGAACCUUACAAGGUUUUGGAGUGCCUCUGAGGUGGUUAAGCAGGGUAAGGCUCCGGAUCAGGGGCCAGGUAGUUGCCCUGCACUGUGACUGCCUGGCCCUCUACCCCGCCAGGAUGGACUUCAACUCCCUACAAGCAAUAGUUAAUCAAACUCUGGCACACCAAAGCAGGUGACCCAAACAAAGGGGGAGCCAGGGCUCUGGGCCCGGGAUCAGACUAGUCACCUUCAGCCCUAACCUCGACGGAGCACGCGCAAUAGUUACUCACCUCUCUGGCUGCAGGACUGUGUUCGGGACUAAGGGGGCCAAUGCAAUGUUUGGACUUAGGUAGGGGCAGUAUAGCGAAAGAUUUUAGGAAGCGGGAGGUAUUAUUUGCAGGGGGUUAUUAGGGUUUUAUAGUGUUCUUUAAUUGCAUGUGUGUUUUGUGUUUUUUGUUUUGUUAAUGUCGCUCUAUGUUGGUCACCAUAGGUACCUUUUUGUGUUCCUUUCCAGCCCUGAUGGUUGCUUGUGUCCUUCCCUUAAGUUACUGUACAUUGUUAAUGUUUGUAAGGGUUACAGUCUCUGCCCACUUUGGGUCUUAAUAAAAGUGUUAAAAGA